AUGCGCCAAACCCUCCGCCGGUCCUGUGCUGCGUGUGCAAAGUCUAAACACAGCUGCGACCUCCGCACGCCGCGGUGCUCCCGCUGCAUCAAGCGCAAGGUCCUGUGCGCCUACGCCAACGAACCCCUGACGGCUGCUCCGGCUGCUUCCGGGUCCGCACCGGGGGGUAGCGCAACAUCGUCGCCGGGACCUCCGCUGGACGGAUCCGGUGCUUUGACCAACUAUCGAUUUGGAUCUCUUGAUCCUUUUGACUCUUAUCCUCAAACUAGACUGCCGCGGCAUCAAGUUCAACGUCUUAUCCAUAGCUUUCUCCACAAGAUCGCAUUCGAAUACUACCCUCUAGAUCUGAACGCGACGUCAAAUCCAUUCCUCGUCUCAUGGUGGCCAUUAGCUCUCGGUGAUCCAGCAUUAUUUCACGUCUCUUUACAAACAGCAUGUCUCGACGAAGAGUUGCUGGCUCAAAAAGGAUUUCAGUCAUCAGAAAUUCUGAUGGCGGAUUCAGUUGCUCUACUUCGCCGGAAGGUUCAAGACGACUCAAUGGCCAUUCAAGAUGGAACCAUGAAUUCAGUCAUCACUUUAGCAGCUAUCGAGUUUGGCAAAGGAAAUAUCCAAGUUAGCGAAAUGCACGUUGAUGGAGUGAAGAGACUUGUCAAUAUGCGAGGAGGCAUUAACUCAGUGAGACAAACCAGUCCACUAACUGCAAGGAUGGUCAGCUGGGUGUCGAUGAUUGUUACCGGCCUGCCUCAGUUUGAAACGCAGAACGACGGAGGCAUUGGCGACGGUGUCCCUACACCUCCUGAAUGGCAGAUAGAUCCAACUAUUGUAGACAGUGAUCUAUCCCAUCUCGGCGAUGUUGAGAUCGAAAACGAGGUCGAAAAUGUUUUAAUACGGCUUCGGAGUAUUUUUCGCCGCGCGCAGAAAGCACCGCUACAACCAACAAGACUACAUGACCUAUCAUGUUUUGUCAUACACCGACUUCUGUUGUCAGCUCCAGAAGUGGUAGAGCCACAUUCGGCAUCUAGUGAAACUAUCCGACUGGCGACUAUACUCUACAUCUUCAUCAUCCAAGGUCCGACGUAUUACUCACACGCCGUCAUAUUCAACACGAUUGUCAAUCGGCUGAUGGAAAGUCUGGUGGAGCUCGUACCAUACGCUCGCUCCAGCAACAGUCUCUUCGUCUGGCUUCUGACUGUAGGCAUGGUUGCCUCGCAGGGAACCCAGCACUACACCUGGUUGACUGGCUUGGCAAGAGAUGUUGUGGCACUGGCCCAAGUGGAAAGCUGGGUUAGUGUACUUGCCUGUCUUAGAAGUGUUCUCUGGCUGGACAUAGUCCACGGCGAAGACAUCUUCCGACCCCAUUGGGAGACUAUUUUCGGCUGUUUAAAUUGA